CGUCAAAAUGCCACGUCUUUAACAAUUCGACCGACUGAGGGCUCUAUUUUGUGAUAAUAUUGUGCUCGAACUUUAAGAAUAUGGCUGAGCGUCGAAGGUGGAAGAAAAAAAAAGAGGUUACAUCAGAUCUGAAAGAUGAGAAACCCGAUAAAGUGGAAUAUGCCAUCGCAAAAUAUUUACGACAGGAGCUUCCGGUUAAGAAGACGUCUCUUUUGAGUCAUAAAGUUGAAUAUUUUAUUGCUUCCAAAGCUGUGGAUUGUCUUUUGGAUUCACCAUGGUCAACGGGGAAGGAUAAGACUGAGAUUUUAUUUACAACAAGAGAUUCCGUAGCGGACUAUAUGGAUAUGAUGCUGAGACACAAAUUUUUUCAUCGUGCUCGAAAGAUUUUUAUCCAAAAAGAAGGUAAAAAGAAAAAAAAGGAGAAAGAUGAAGUAGGUACUGGUGAAGACAAUAAAGAAAAGGAGGCAAAGAGAGAAAAAGACAGUGAAAAAGACCAAGAUAAGGAAAGAGAUAGCAAAAGUGAAAAAGAAGUGGAAGAGAAAAAGAAAGGAGAAGAACGAGAAAAGAAAAGAAAGAAAAUUAAACUGGACAUGCACUUAGAACAAGUUUUUGUCGAUGGAAACGAGGCUUAUGUUUGGAUAUAUGAUCCAAUACCAUUGAAAGUGUGGAUAGCAGGAACACUUUUAGUGCUAGGAGCCAUUGCUCUUUGCCUGUUUCCCCUGUGGCCGAGGGUGGUUCGUCACUACAUCUAUUAUUUAAGUAUUGUAGCUGCUGGAUUUCUUGUGGUCAUCAUCGGUUUAGCAGUUAUACGUAUGGUUGUCUUUGUUAUCAUCUGGUUACUGACUUUUGGAAAACAUCAUCUUUGGUUGUUACCAAAUCUCACAGAAGAUGUAGGAUUCUUUGAAUCGUUUUGGCCUCUUUAUCAGUAUGAGUAUAAAGGUGAAAAACAAAAACAGGAUGAUUUAAAGAGCGUUGAUAAAACAGAAGAUAACGAACAAGCUACAAAAGAAUCAUUGGACGUAGACAGAAAGGAAGAAUCUGUCCAGGAAAAGGGGAGCAGUCCCCCUGAAAAUCAAGAAAACAGAGAAUCAGACGAACACAGUGAAAACGAUAACGGGGAAGUCUACAAUUGUAGUAAUCUUAAUGGAGAUAAUGGUUUUGAAAUAGUUGAUCCUAAAACAGAUCUAAUUGAUGAGGACAGCGUAAAAAAUGAAGAAAGCUAGGCUUAGGGUGAGGAAUAGUGAACCAUAUAUAAUACAUUAAUAAAAUUUCAGUUUUAAUAGAAAUAAUUGGAUCUCUGUAUUUUUCUGUUAUCGUCAGUAGUAUCUACAAAUGCAGUAUUGAAAAAUUUUAAAGCACUUGCCCCGAGAAGACAAAUUCAGUUUUCAAGCAGUAUUCAUAUUUUUUUUUACUUCCGUUUUAAAUACUCGGCAUUACGAAGGACUCGAUAAAGAGAAUCUUAUUUCUUUCAGUUUUGUUUCAGCUUUCUAUCUACGAUUUCUACUGUAACUUGUUGAAAGUGUCGUGGCAUUUUGUUUUAAGAAAAACAAUAAAUUCCUUAAGAGCAAUCUUCUCGUGUGUCGUUUCGAUACUGUUGCUGGGUUUUGAUAUUUUACUAACUCAAACAUUGAAAAAAGCUUAUUAAUUGUUAAUUUUGUACUUUUCAAGGUUAUUUAAAAUUACGUUUCGGCGAACGAGAAAAACAUUUAUUUGACUGUUAUUGCCACACUUGGAUAAAGAACUCAAAGCUCGUUUAAGUAAAAAAAAUGCAAGAAUUGAGCUCAAUUUUCAUUAUCUACAGAUACGUAUGGUAACUUAAAAGCAUCGGUUCUAUGUUAUUGUAUGUUUUCCACUUUUCUGGUGAAUGAACAGUUUGUAUGUUUAA